AUGAAUAACUCAUGCGGUGUUGGAGAACCCCCCCCCCCUGAGCGGAAGAAGAGCUCUAAGGCUGAUCACGGCUUCAAGGUGACGUCAGACGGGCGACUGAUCAUCAAAGAAGACGACGACGAGGACGCAAAGCAGAAAGACGGUGAAAUAAAGGACAUUCUCGAAGAGGUUGGAGUGAAGAGUAAAAAGAGCCAAAAGAGGAAGCUUGAAGAUGAGCGAUUGGACAACAUGGACAUAGAGCCUGAGCUCAAAUACAAAGGUACUCAGCGACCAUUAUCAAUAUAUUCAUUCUUUUUACAUACUAGCUGGUAAUUACAUCCAACUUAUUGCUUAAAUUGUACACAUCGAAACACACAUUGAACUGGAAAAUAGAUUACAAAAUAUCGUAAACUUC